CAAUUCAAAAUAUCACUUUUAUACCUAUCUCCAUCACCUGUAAGACGAAAAUCUAAAAGAGUAUGCCAGAAGGUUCAUCGCCAAUUCUAGAAUCUGCGCCUGUCAAAUCGGCUGUGUUUGAAUCACAGUUGGGAGCGGCACCGCAAAGGAGAAGGCAUCGUGCUGAUCAAAUCGAAGCUGCUUAUGAGAUACAAAGGAAUGCGGCAAUCAGAGGCGCAGUGGCUUAUACGAUUCUAGGUGCUACAGCCACAACAGCUUCACAUCAUCUAUUCCCAAAAUUCAAAUCACAAACAUUAGCAUUGAAAGCUUUCAUCAUUUCAGGUUUUACAAUCUUUGGAUUUGUCGUUGGAGCUGAUACUGUGUUGCUUAAUCAUGAAGGAAGAGAGAGAAGUGAAGAAGAUUUGAUUCGUGGCGUUGCACGUAGAGAAUUGGCAAAGAAGGGUAUCCUUGCAAGUGAGACAGAGAUUGAAAAGUGGAAAGAAAGAACGAGAGAGAGAUUGAUGCUGGAACAAAGUCAAAAAGACGGAUCAGCAUGAACAUGCUCUUCAACAAUCACUAGAGCCUUUGCCAUUAGCAUAAUUCGAUACUACAGCUAUCAUAGCACACAAUUGUACAACAGAAUUCAAUGUAAUCACAACUCAAAUGCCACAGAAUGUAUAGAUGCUUUCAUCUGAUGAG